AUGGUUGCGUUACGGUCUCUCGCAGCCGCCGUCACCAGCGCUGCGCUCUUGUUGCAGACGUCUCUCGCCGAGUCCUUCAAGCGAAACCCCGUUGACUAUGUCACCCUCAUCGACAACGUUCAAAUAAACACCCCUUCCCGCAGAGUUACAGCGCAUUCCAAGUUCGACCUCACAUUUACCCUCCACAACGGCCACCAGAAAAUCAGACUCGCCCUCGAGCCCAACAACGACCUCAUCCCCAAUGAUUUAUCCGUCACAGUUCUCGGCUCUGACGGCUCCGUCGCUGCCGCCCACCCCGUCAUACGAUCGGACCACAAGGUCUUCAAGGGCCUUGCCUUCGUCCAGCGCCAUGGCCUGCAAGGCUGGUCUGCCGCGGGCUGGGCCAGAAUCAUGGUUCUGAAAGACGGCGACGAGCCUGUUUUUGACGGUGCUUUCCGAAUCGACGGCAACAAUCACCACAUCGAGACCGCUUCCAAGUAUCGCCUGGUCAAGCACGAGGGCGACCCUAGUGUGCAGCUCCCCGACCAGAGCGCUGCCAACAAGACCAUGGUCGUGUGGCGCGACUCAGACAUUAUUCCUCUCGAUUACUCUCAUUCCGAGUUGAGGCGCCGAAGCAUUGCUAGCAGCGCACUCUGCAGUUCCGAUUCGCUGACCUUCAACUCCAAAUAUGAUCCCGUGGCGCGAGACUUCAGCCCAUUGCAAUCCAUGCCUACUCACCAGCUCUUUGGUCGCCAAUCUAUCGAUGGCGGCGGCGGCGGCGAUCCCGCAGGUAAUUUGAUUGCCAGCAUCGGCUCCGUAGAUGGAUGUCCAACAACGAAAAAGGUCGCACUUGUCGGGCUCGCUACGGACUGCACCUAUUGGAGCGUGUUUGGCUCCAAAAACGAUAUUCAGACGCACGUCCUGGGUGUCGUCAACAAGGCCUCAGAACUCUACGAGAGCACCUUCAAAAUCUCCCUGGCCGUCAGGAACUUGACCGUUAUUGAGGCAAACUGCUCCAGCGGAGGCACGUCGGCGACUCCAUGGAAUGUUGACUGCUCGCCCGAUUUUAGCAUCACCGACCGACUCAACACAUUCUCUGCUUGGCGAGGCAAGUCGCAGGACAAGAAUGCCUAUUGGACACUCCUAACAAAGUGUCCCACCGACAACGCCGUCGGUUUGGCAUGGCGCGGCCAGCUUUGCCGUCAAGGGUCUGCGCCCAACGGUGGCACCAACGACACUAUUGCCAGUACCAACGUCGUAGUCAAUGGCCCUACCGAAUGGCAAAUCUUUGCCCAUGAGACUGGGCACACGUUUGGUGCCGUUCACGACUGCACCCCCGAUCAGUGCCCCGUCAAAUCAUCUGCCCAAUCCUGCUGUCCCCUCAAGUCGAACCAAUGUGACGCCGGUGGCCAGUUCAUCAUGAACCCCUCCACCGCCAACGGCAUCACGCAAUUCUCCCCUUGCACAAUUGGCAACAUCUGCUCAGGUCUCAAGGGCAAUGUCAAGUCCGACUGUCUGACAGAUAAUAAAAAUGUCGAAACCAUUACCGAGAGCGUGUGCGGUAACGGCAUCGUGGAGCCCGGCGAAGAUUGUGACUGCGGCGGAACCGAGGGCUGCGGCAACAACAAGUGCUGCAACCCCAAGACGUGCAAGUUCUCACAAGGCUCCGUCUGCGACCCGGCCAACGAGGAUUGCUGCACCGAUAGCUGCAAAUUCGCGGGCGCCGACACGGUCUGCCGCGCCAGCACCAGCGAGUGCGACCCCGAGGAAAAGUGCCCCGGCAACUCGGCCAAGUGCCCGCCCGACGAGCACAAGAAGGCGGGUGAGUCAUGCGGCAACGGACUCGAGUGCGCGUCGGGCCAGUGCACGUCGCGAGACCGCCAGUGCCAGGUGGCCGCGGGCGGGCUAACGCACAGCAACAACACCAAGGCCUGUCGCAACGACUGUCUGAUGCUGUGCGAGUCGCCGUCGUUUAUGGGCGGCCAGUGUGCCUUUUACAACCAAAACUUCCUGGAUGGCACCAGCUGUAGUGGCGGCGGGCGCUGUCAGGAUGGUCAGUGUAAGGGCAGCUCGUGGUGGAAGGAGUUCACGCAGUGGUUCGUCAACAACAAGGCCAUAUCCAUCCCCGUUACCUGCGUGGUCGGCCUGCUGGUCAUUGCUGUGCUAUUCUCGUGCAUAGGCAGCUGCAUCCGACGCUCCAGCCGCCGCCGUCCCGUCCGUAAGCCUGUCAGCCCGCCGCCGUUCGACGGGUCUGGUGGCUGGAACCCCUACGCCAACGCUCAGUGGCAGCCCCAGGCCGGGCCGACCAUGACGGCAGCCAACGGCUUUGACGGCCCUCCUCCUCCUCCUCCUCCCGGCCCACCGAGAAACGAGUUUUACGGGAACAACAACAACAACAACAGCAACAAUGUUGUUGGCGGCAAUAGUGUGCAUGAUUUUGCCGCGCCGCCGCAUCCGCCCCCUAUUUACAACUAUGGCAAUCGCGGGAGCGGACCCCGAUAUGCAUAG